CAGUCCCUCUGGUGCUUCAAAAUGGCGGCAACCAAGAGGAGAUUUACUGUUCCAUCUGCAGAGGAUUUACACGGGGAGAUCCAAGUGUCAAGGCCAAAACCAUUGUUUAAUACGUACAAGAAAUACUGUAAAUGUAUUGAGGAAAAAAAGGAUGACACUUCCACUUGUACUACGAAUGUUAAUGAUCGAAAGGGAGACGAGAAAAAUGACCUUGCAGCGAGAACUUUACACGAGCAAUCGCAAGAAGAUCAAAGGAUAGUAGAAGUGACCUUAGAUCCAAAUCAGGAUUCUUUAAGUAAGGAAAGUAAUUUGGAGCCUUCUGAAAACAAUCACACAUCAGCGGCUAUAACGAGUGCUGGCGCUGGUUCAGUCAAGCCAACAGUAGGAAAGACAUUUCGAGAAACAUUCGCUUUUCUGGAGGAUACAAGUCACUUUAAAGAGACAGUUGCUAAGAUAAAAGAAAAAGAGUCAACUAUAGACGUUAAAGGUCCUCCUGUAAGCUCCAGGUCAAAAAGUAAUGCCAUCAUCGUUAACCCACGACAGAAAGGAAAUCCAGUAUUAAAACAUGUGAGGAAUGUUCCAUGGGAGAUGGGAGACAUUAUUCCAGAUUAUGUACUUGGUCCAACAACUUGUGCUUUAUUCCUAAGUUUAAGGUAUCAUCACUUUAAUCCAGAGUACGUUCAUGAGAGAUUACGGCAGCUUGGACAGAGAUAUCAACUAAGAAUACUUCUGGUUCAAGUUGAUGUGAAAGAUCCUCACCAGACCCUCAAGGAGUUAGCUAAAAUGGCAAUGAUGGCUGACUGUACUCUUAUGCUUGCUUGGAGUCCAGAAGAGGCAGGGAGGUACCUUGAAACCUACAAAGUGUAUGAAAACAAACCACCUGAUGCCCUACUUGGUCAAAGUGAAGGAGAUUAUCUUAGUAAGCUCACAGACUGCCUUACUACAGUGAAGGGCAUUAACAAGACAGAUGUUGUCUCUCUGAGCUCUACAUUUGAAUCCCUAGCUAACAUGGCUACAGCUUCAAAGGACAACCUUGCUUUGCUUCCUGGAUUUGGACCUCUUAAGGUAUUUGACUUUCCACUUACUGUACGCAAGCUUUCAAAAUAUGAAAAGUUCAAUUUCAGAAGGACAAAAUUAUACAUCUUUAGAGAACUGUGCAGCCAAGGUUUAACAGCCUGAAAAGGUAGUGGGUUAUUUGUUUGUUGAUCGCAAAUAGACCCUUUCAUCUUGGGUGGUUUGUUGUGACGUUACAUGUGACGUUACUCUUGAGAAUUCUUGCUUUCAAGCUUUCUAAUAGUUGCAUGUAUCUGAAUGAAUAAAUUUUAGGUGGUACAGUGUUCCAGUCAUUAAUGGCACAGUAAACAAAACAGUUUUGGUCCAAGUAGUGAUUUGAUUUAGGCCUACAAGUGCUUAUCUUAUGUCCAUUACUCUGAUUAGCACUCACUAAAAGGAAGUUAUGGUUUCUUGAAACUUUUGACAAUAAAAAUCAACGGUAAAACACAACGUUGCUAUCGUACUUCGGUCAAUUGAACAGUGAAUAUAUAUAUAUGCAUGUAAGAAGUAUGAAAAUGGGGUCUGAUCGAUCGCUGACAGCAGAUGAGGAAGCAGGUUGUUCCGAUGCUUUGGCAGCAACAAACCAUGAAAUAGUAGAGUUCACAAGAUUUUCAGGAUAUUUUAGUCGAGAAAACAAUCAUUUCAGUCGAUCACAUUCUUCAGAGAAGUAACGCCAAUUGGAUGAAAGUUGAAAUGCAUGAUCAAGCAUAGUUUCUAAUAACCCACGUUUGUAUAGGUCAUCUACAUGGCUCUAUUUUGUAAUGUAGCAGGAGGCCAGUAUUUGUGGGUUUAACAUACACCUUAGUCUCAACUUGUAGCUGCAUGAUUAUGUUUGUUGAGCAGCUGGGAGCCCAAAAAAGGAAGCAUGCUAUUACUUUCCUUCUCCAUGGUGAACUUAAUAGAGGAAUGACACUGGUUUAAAAUCUCAAGGAAAUUGUCUGCUGAUGCUUUGUCCUGCAUAAUGGUCAGUGUGUCAUCCACAAAUUUCUUGUAGUAUGUGGGCAUCUUGCCUUCACAAUCCAAGGUUUCUUCAUUGCUGCACAUAAAAACGUUGGCUAAUGGAGGACCAAGGGGGGAGCCCAUAGCAACUCCAUCGAUCUGUUCAUAUAGCUGGCCGUUGAAUGUGAAAAGUUGGUCCUUUGUUGCCGCUCUAAGAAGAUCAACAACAUCAUAGGAAACCAGAAUAUCUCUGUUGUUCAUCGCCAAUUCGUGGACCUUGUUCAUGAACUUGAAGGUGUUGCUUAUCGUAUACUGGUUUGUGGCGAGAGGUUUUAGUUUGUCAUCUAGCCAUUUGGCAUAGCUAACUCUUUCUUUCUUAUGUUGGUUUCACACGCCGCCAUCUGCACCAACGUGUCGAAGAACACAAAAACUCUUCAUCAAUAGGCAAGCAUUUUCGUGUCAAACAUUCUUUGGCCCCAAAAGAUCUUACAAAGAAUUUUAGUGUUUUAGUGAAGUGCACAAACAAAUUUGACUGCCUUGUCUAUGAGAUGUUUUUUAUUCAC